AUGCAGUGGAGGUCAUUCCUUCUUGUCAUCUACGUUGCCCAGACAGCCCUGGGCCGGUCUCAUAUCCACCACCGUCGACACAACCAUCACCAAUAUGUGGAUCUUCAUGAACCCGAAGCAAAAGCCGAGCUUGAAGCACGGCAGAUUGUGAAUUUCGACGCAGCAGUCAAAGUCAAGACAAUCCUCGACCUAGAAAUCGUCACCCUCACCACGAUCAUCGCCCAAGUUCCCACCGAAAUCCCAACCACAUCCACCGUCACCAGCGUCGUCUCAGAAACCGCAGUCCCGGAGACAAACGAAGACACCGCUCAGCCCCUUCUUAGUGCUAGCAUCGACAUCGGCAUUGACGCACACAAUAUCAUCCCUCACCACACGACCACAGCCACAGCAGCAGCCACGACCUCAACAUCUACCGAAUCCUCCGAUUCCUGGACUACCCACCCUUCCAACAACCAAUUUAGUACGACCGGCUUUGGCGCACGCACUAACUCCACCGGCACCGGGGUCAAGUACACCGGUAACGUCGGAAGCCCCUGGGGGAGCAACAUCCUCGAAGUCAGCGCCGCCUCCGCCCAUCAAUACAAAUACGUAGUGCAAUUCACCCACAGCAGCAGUUCCGACUGGACCGUUGUCGUCUGGAACAAAAUCGGCCCGGACGGCGAAAUGACCGGCUGGUACGGCAAUUCAGCCGUGAACUUUACCCUAUCCGCCGGCGAGAAGCGAUACGUGGCGUUUGACGAGGAUAGCCAGGGAGCAUGGGGCGCCGCGGAGGGGACGAGUCUGCCCACGGACGAGUACGGAGGCUACUCGUGUACGUGGGGAGAGUUCGAUUUCGGGGACUACAAGAAUGACUACUGGUCUGGGUGGGAUGUUUCGGCGAUUCAGGCGCAGAAUGCAGGCCAGACAGUGCAGGGCAUGAGUAUCUGCGAAUACGGCGACACUAAGUGCUCGUCCAUCACUACUGGGGCUGGGAAGGUCGUCAACGCGUAUGAGAGUGCGCAGGCAUCUAUCGAUGGUAUUGGAGGGUCGGUUGGACAGGGAGCUGUUCGGUUGGUCACUGUGCUGGAUUAUAGUGGGUGA